GGGAACAGGAAGUGAUGUUUGUGUCCGUGUGGUACGCCAAGAAGAUGGGAAGAAGAUUCAUCAACAACGUGAGGCGAGCGAAGAGACACAGGCAGAGGAUGAUGUUGUCGUUGACCUGAUGACGGCGUCCGUCCAGAGGUCGUUGACGUGUCAGUCAGAGGGGUGGAGCUACUGAGCGACGGACAUCUUAAAACCCCGAGAUCAUCUCCAGUGGACUCCUGUUCCCCGAACAUCAAAUGAACGGAUCAGAGGGAGAGCUGGAGUACGAAGAGAUCACACUGGAGAGGGGGAACUCUGGUUUGGGAUUCAGCAUCGCAGGAGGAACUGAUAAUCCUCACAUUGGAGACGACCCAUCUAUCUUCAUCACCAAGAUCAUCCCUGGAGGAGCCGCCGCCCAAGACGGACGCCUCAGGGUGAACGACAGCAUCGUAUUCGUUAACGACGUGGACGUGCGUGAGGUCACUCACUCCAUCGCCGUGGAGGCGCUGAAGGAGGCGGGGCCUGUCGUCAGGCUGUAUGUCCUGCGGCGACGCCCACCGAGCGAACGCGUCACACAGAUCAAACUGAUGAAAGGACCCAAAGGUCUGGGCUUCAGUAUAGCUGGCGGCGUGGGGAACCAACACGUUCCUGGAGACAACAGCAUCUACGUCACCAAGAUCAUCGAGGGUGGAGCGGCGCACCGCGAUGGACGGCUCCAGAUCGGGGACAAAAUACUGGCAGUGAACCACAACUCUCUGGAGGACGUCCUGCACGAAGACGCCGUGUCGGCCCUGAAGAACACCGGGGAGGUGGUCUACCUGAAGGUGGCCACGCCCAGCUCGCAGUACAUCCACCCAGCUGAUCGAUACAGCCCGCCCGACCUCACCAGCUCCUACAUGGAGCCGGACUACAUGUGUGAUUACCCACAAGCCCUCCCUCCUCCGUCACCACGACGAUACUCACCUAUCCCCCGCGGCAUGAUGGGAGAGGACGAUUACUCCCGGGAGCCUCGUCGGGUCGGCGUCCAGCGCGGCUCCACCGGGCUGGGCUUCAACAUCGUGGGUGGAGAGGACGGAGAGGGGAUCUUCAUCUCCUUCAUCCUGGCAGGAGGACCAGCUGACCUGAGCGGAGAGCUCAGGAAGGGAGACCAGAUCCUCAGUGUGAACGGUGUGGAUCUCAGGUAUGCGACACACGAACAGGCAGCAGCAGCUCUGAAGAACGCUGGACAGACUGUUACCAUAGUAGCACAGUACAGACCUGAAGAGUACAGCCGUUUUGAAGCAAAGAUCCACGACCUGAGAGAGCAGAUGAUGAACAGCUCGUCUGGAAGUCUGAGAGCCAACCGGAGCUUCUACGUCAGGGCUCUGUUUGACUACGAUAAGCAGUGGGACUGUGGCGUCCUGUCACAGGCGCUGGACUUUAACUUCGGGGAGGUUCUUCACGUGAUGGACAGCGCCGAUGACGAGUGGUGGCAGGCCAGACGGGUGAACCAGCAGGGGGAGCUGGAGGAGCUGGGCUACGUCCCGUCCAAACACAGAGUGGAGAGGAAGGAGUGGUCACGUCUGAAGAGCAAAGGACGAGAAGGAUUCGUUCACAGCUACGAGCUCAUCACUCAGAUCGAAGUGGACUACGCUCGUCCCGUCAUCAUCUUGGGACCGACCAAAGAUCGCGUCAAUGACGACCUUCUGUCCGAGUUCCCCGACAAGUUCGGCUCGUGCGUCCCUCACACCACUCGUCCUCGCAGGGACUACGAGGCCGAUGGGCGGGACUACCACUUUGUGUCGUCACGGGAACAGAUGGAGCGCGACAUCCAAUCGCAUCGCUUCAUCGAGGCAGGGCAGUACAACAACCACCUGUACGGGACGUCGGUGCAGAGCGUCAGACAGGUGGCCGAGCAGGGGAAACACUGCAUCCUGGACGUGUCAGCGAACGCAGUGAGGAGGCUGCAGGCGGCUCAGCUUCACCCCAUCGCCAUCUUCAUCCGACCGCGAUCCCUGGAGAACAUCCUGGAUCUGAACAAGCGUCUGUCGGAGGAUCAGGCGAGGAAAGCUCUGGAUCGAGCCAUCAAACUGGAACAAGACUUUCUGGAGUGUUUCACGGCCAUCGUGCACGGCGACAGCUUCGAGGAGGUGUAUCACCUGGUCAAAGCCGUCAUCGAGGAGCAGAGCGGCCCUUACAUCUGGGUUCCCGCCCGCGACAGACUCUGAUUGGCCGCCGGCAGCAGCUGAGGUUGCGGUUGUGACCCGACAGACGGCGAGCAGACGUUUGUCUUUUAACGUUUUUUUCUUUUUACGUUUUUUCUUUCUAUGACGAGCGAGCACACCGAUUGGACGCUGUCACCACGGCGACCAGGACAGCCUGUCUGUCUGCCAGAGGAAAAGAGAGAGAGAGUGAGACAGGUGGUUGAUAGUGUGUAUUCUCAGUAAAUAAUGAACCGGAGGACAGUAGAGUUCAGCUGAAGUAUUUAUAUCAUCCUACUUAUUUAUUUAUCUAUUUAUUUAUUGGUGUGUGUGUGUGUGUGUGUGUUUGUGUGUGUGUGUGUGUGUGUGUGUGUGUGUGUGUGUGUAGUGUACAUAAAGACUUGUGUGGCUGUAAAUAAAACGAU